AUGCCCGUCCAGCAACACGUCCUGAACUGGCUCUACAGCGUUCUCACCAGUGAAUACCACGAUGUCAACCGAACAUAUAGCGACGUCGCGCGCGUCUUGAACCGCUUCAGCACCCUGUCGCCGCGAACCGAUGUACACACCUUCCCCAACGGCGCCAGCGCUUUGCUGCUGCACAUCUCAGGCACGAUACCCGUCAUCUUCCGCGCAAACACGUACCGCUUCCCUCUCUCGAUAUGGGUCCCCCACGCCUAUCCUCGCGAGCCUCCCCUCGUCUACGUCACGCCGACCGAGACCAUGAUGGUCCGCCCUGGCCAGCACGUCGACCCCCAGGGCCAGGUCUAUCACCCCUACCUGGUGCGGUGGACCGACUUUUGGGAUAAAUCGACCAUCGAGGACUUCCUCAUUGUGCUGUCCGACGUCUUCGCCAAGGAGCCACCGGUCAUCUCCCGGCAGGCGCAGCGCCCGACGACCGGCGCUCGACCGACGCCGACGCCGCCCCCUGUGCCUCCGUUGCCGCCCGAAAUGGCGCCGCCGACACCUCAGACGCAGCCUCGACCGAACUCCUCCGACUCCCAUCCGCCUCGACCGCCCCCCAAGCCUCAUCAAGAGCCGCUUUCGCCUCAUUCCCCGUCGUACCGCAGUCCACCAGUUGCCGCUGCGAAUUCCUCCCCAGUAUCAUCACGAUAUGACUCUGUCCCCCCCCUUCCUCCGCAAGCACAGACUGCUGGUCCUGCAGGCUACCGUCCUCAACCACCACCGCCGUCACUCGAGCAGCACACGCAACAACCCCAACCUCGGCACGUUGCUGGACCGGCAAUGACUUCCGGUCCGAACCCUCACUCCAUGCCAGAUAAUCGGACACAAGUGCCUCCGUACGCGCAACAAAACCCUCCAGCAUAUUUACCGCAAGGGCACUGGCAAGCGGCCCCGGCAGCAUGGAAUGGAACCGCGGUUCCCCAGCAGCCACCCCAGGCCGCCCCUCCGCUGCCCAACAUUCUCGACGAGCCUUUGACACUCGAAGUGCCCCCCAAGUCGGCUGUCGCGGCGCCCCCCAUACCGCCGAACCCGGAAAAGGACGCGCUGCUAAGGCAGCUGGCCCAAACGCUGGCCUCUAUCCGGCAGCGCAGCCGGCAGCAGAACGACUCAAGUUUGGCCGGGCUCAGAGCGCAGCGGAUGGCGAUGCAGGGAGCUGUGCCGGCUCUUCAGUCGGAAAUGAGCCAGCUCACCCAGCUGUCCAAUGUGUUGACAUCAAACACUAAUAUUCUGCACGAGGCCUUGCGCAAGGCGGAUGGCGUCAUUGAAAGCUCCAAGAAUCAUCCGGCGCCGGACAUUGACGAGCUUCUGGUGGCUCCCACGGUAGUAUCGAAUCAGCUCUACACCCUGGUAGCGGAGGAGCGGGCGCUCGGGGACGCCAUCUUCAUGCUGGGGCGUGCCGUGGAGCGUGGGCGCGUUUCUCCCGUCGUGUUUGCCAAGAUGACAAGGUCUCUCGCGCGGGAGUGGUACCUGAAGAAGGCGCUUGUGCGGAAGAUUGGGCAGGGCAUGGGCAUGGCAUCGUAAGGGAUGCGAGUCAGUUGGCCUCGGCCAGGACGCCGGCUUGCACAGUGAACCAAGAUCGGCAGAGGAAAUGGAGCGGGCGGCAGGUUCGAGACCGUCGCCUGCAGAGUGUCAUAUGCAUGGUGUGCCGGCAACGACGAGCCGUCUCCGCCUUACGCCACCAGUGCAGUAUCGAGUCUAGUAUCACGUCAUGGAACAGCGCCGGAGUUAGGUGUCAUGGCGAUCACAAUCGGAAAGACGGACUGAAUGGCGGGCCUGUCUCUUUGUCCUUGCACCUUGCGCAUGCUCUGCUGCGUUAGGCGGUGACUCGGUAAUGAUCCCCUGCAGCGGUGGUGUUGGAGUCGGCAGAAGCGGCGAUCGCGUUGCGUGGGCUGCCGGCAUCUGCCGGCGGCGGGCCGCCCGUUUGCAGAUCAGCCGUCGUCCAGGGGCGGGCGGCUGGGGUCUCGAAAUAGCUACACAGGCGGAGGGAGCCGCGAUGUAUUGUAAGGAUGGAUGGGUGUGGAGGGAAGAGAGUGGGGAGAAGGGAAGGGAAGCUGUCACCAGACCGGGUUCGGCGUCGUGGUGGCCGCGCCUCCCCGGCCGUCCCGGGCGCCGCCAGACGACGGCGUAAAAACGUAGGUUGUACCUUUGGCACGAGUAGGUCUUCCUGCGUGUACUUGAUCUGAC